UAAAGAAAACAAGGGCAAAAGCGAGAUCAGCCGGUUGUGUAUCAAAACGUUCCCUGCCAGGACUCGAAACGGUCAGAAGCCUCUCGGACAGCGAAGAGCUCGGUCGUGUCUAGCCUUAGCUUGCUUGAAACUUGAAGAAAGUUUUUUUUCUGAAGAAGUGUGGUUAUUUGGGAGUUGGAGUUUUUGGGAAAGUUGAUCUUUAGUGGCGAGGAAGAAGUGAGAUGCACAAGUAGAGUGAUGUUUGCUUAGAAGGAGAAUCAGCAAAAAGGGACGAUCUCGGGGUUUUAAAGAAGGACUUCUAAGAAUUGAGGUCGCAGUGAUACGGAGAACAACUGGAAGGAUUUAAGUGGAGUUCGAUCGUGAGAUAAUCUAACGGUAUUUUGGACAAUCUGUAUUGUGUCGCUGGAAAAGAAGAACAGUAGUGUGAUAACGAUUGAUAUUGUUUUGUGAGUGUGGAAUAACGGAACUUUGUUAGCAACACAAUGGCUCAAGCAAUGGAUCUUGUGUGCAAGGAGAUCAUCUACGAUGAAGUGGACCAUCAGUUUGCCGAACCGGACCCGACCAUGAUCGCGGAUAACCGGGUCAUCCAGAACCUUAUCAGCCUGGAGCGGUUGACCAUUCCGCCGUGCAACUACUUCGGAACGGUUCAGCAGGAUAUCAAACCGAACAUGCGCAAGAUCGUCACCACAUGGAUGCUGGAGGUAUGCGAUGAGCAAAAGUGCGAAGAGCAGACCUUCCCACUGGCGAUCAACUUCUUCGAUCGAUUCCUGUGCGCCUGCCCGAUCGAUCGCUACCACCUGCAACUGCUCGGAUGCUGCGCGCUGCUGCUGGCUUCCAAGAUCCGCCAGUGCCAUCCGCUGACCGUGGAUGUCCUCAGCGCCUACACCGAUCACGCCGUGUCACCCGACCAGAUCAGGAGUUGGGAACUCCUGAUGAUCAGCAAACUGGAGUGGAACAUUACCGCGGUGACCGCUUUCGACUACGUUGACCAGAUCCUGGAACGCGUCAAAUGGGGCUCCGACGACUCGCGGCUUCGGGAACACGCACACACGCUCAUCCACGUCUGCAGUACCGAAACCAUCUUCAUGCAGCUCGAACCCUCCCUGCUGGCCGCGUCUUGCAUUGCGUCCGCCAGCCGGGGUCUGAACGUGUCCACCAAGAUGGCCGUCGGGUACGACCUGGUCCGGCUAACCAUGCACGAUCUCGUCAAGGUUGACUUUAUCGUCAAGAUCAUCGAGGAGAUCGUGGCGAAGGAAAUCGCCGACAAGCAGGUCCAGCAGCAGCAGCACCAGGCCGCCACGAGCGCCGGAAGCUGCAAGGAACAGUACCAGCAGGCCCCGCAAAAGGUCAACUCCGGUGGCGCCCCCAACUCUCAGCAGCAGCAAACCGAACAGCCGGAAACGCCCACCGAUGUGCAGUUUAUAUACUUUUAAAGCAAGCACACACACGUGGGAAGUGGGAACUGCUGUUGAGUAUUUUUAUUGCCUCUUUGUCUGAUUCUAAACACUGUUGAAAUUGCAUUUAUUCUCUAUUGGUCACACUGCUUAAGCUUAAGUCUAAAACAGAGGUCGGCGAAGCGAGAACCAUUUUCUAUUCUCUGGUUUGGAAAAAAGAAAACCUGCCGCCAAAAAAAAAUUAGAGCAUGUUAUCCAAAAACCAAAAAAAAAUCAAUUCCUCUUAAGAAAAC